UUAACAAAGGUAAAAACUGCAUCUUUUUAAAAAAGUAACAAGGAUUUUUUAACUUUGGACAAAUCUAAAAGGCCAAAUGCUCCGGAUAAUAGUUCUGCCGUUCCUUUUUCUUCUUCUUCUGUCCUCUGGGGUGUGGAGUUAUGAAGCCCCGGAGGAUAAGCAGAAUGUGUUCGCUAACAAAGCUUGUCCGGCUUUUCUGACUUUUGAGAACGCUGCCUAUUUAGCUGGAGUCACGGUGGAGCUGCCGUGCCACUGCAAACCUCAGGAGGUCCAAAAUGUUGUGUGGUUCUUCAGGAAGCAUCGGGCCAGCUCCAGGGAGACCAGAGCCCUCACGGAUCACCAUGGCAACAGGCUGCUGGAUACCAGCGAGGUCCCUCACAGCAGUGACCUGCGGAGCCGAUUCUCAAUCAGGCUGUUCAGCCUGCUGGUCUUCAGGGCCGGGCCCCUCGACUCGGGUCUCUAUAUCUGCGGCUCCGCCCACAGAGACUUCUUCUUUGGUUUUGACCUGGACAUCCAGGAGGUUCAAACACUCAGUUUCACUCCGAAGCUAAGUCAGCAAAAUCUUAGGAAGGAAAGCCAAGAGGACACAGCAAACAUCCAUCCUCUCUUCAAGGUCUUCACCAGCUUCCAGCCCUGGUCUCAGUGCGAUCGCUGCGGCGUUGAAGGGGAGCAGGUCCGCGUAGGGCUCUGCUUCGUCCACUCCCACUUCCUGCAUGUGCGCUACAGAUCCAACAACCAGACUGUGGCGUCCUGUGGUUCUGAGGCGGUACCAAAAGCUUUCACCCAACUCAAGCAAAGCAAAGUGGGUCCAAAGAUGGAGGUCCGAAGGUGUCAGGUGUCCUGUCCGACAGAAGCUCCUCCCCCUUCCAAACUAAUGGCUUUCGUGGCUUUUCUUGGGUCCAGUUCUGCCUCCCAGACGACACAGAUGAAGGUGUUGUACCUGAGCCACCCGGCAGACACUGUCCUCACCCUCGGAUGUCCCGGGGCCCAUCCUGACAUGGCUGUGGCCUGGGAUCAAGAGUCCACACCCAUCUAUCGGUUCCAUCAGCCAUCAGACGGUAACGUCAGGGCCACGUCCGCCAGACUCCUGAUAGACACGGGUCACCACCUCGUGUUCCAGCCUGCAAAGACACAGGAUUCAGGUGUGUACCACUGCUGGCUCCAGGGUCGCCGCGCCGCGGAGAUCCAUCUGCUGGUGUACGCUCACCUGGGUCGUGGGAAGUCUGUGCUGCUGGAUCCCGAGCUCCCAGCAGCUGUUGAGUUCGUCCUCAAGUCGUACGCCGUCAUGACGGCGUUGUUUCUCCUGCUGCUGUUCUGCAGAGCUGCUUUCAGGCUGAUGAAGGACAGCACAGCUCAUCACGUGGAUUAAAGUCCGUGCUGCAUGCGGACAAGUCUAAUUUCCUGAAACAAAAUUGAUGUUUUAUUAGACUACCUUCAAACAGUCAUGAGAUAUGAAUUAAUUAAUGUUCUGCUGUUUUUCUGUCACUCAUUCCCACCAACAAGUACAUGACAAAUGGAAGAAACGUAUUUUAAAAUAAAAUAUCAUCAGGAAAACAUGGAAAGUUGAAACAAUAUUUUGAAAAACAAGCUUUUUCUAAUAAAAUAAGUGAAAUGUGUUUGUGUUAAAGUAAUAUAUUAGCAUGUAAACACCUUAUUUACCACAACAACCUGCAUCAGAGGAGAUAAAGGAAGUUACAAUACUGUU